CCCACUGCUCGAAGCCCGCCCGGCCCCGGCCCGGAGGAAACAACGCCCACCCGGCAGAGUCAUGGCGACGGGGGCGGGGCGAGACGCGCAGCCCCGCCUCCGAGCGCGCGUGCGCACUGCCCCCUGGGAGGCGCGAGCGCAGUUGAUGUUAGCCAUGGAAACGCGAGCGGUCCUGGAGGCCCUGGGUCCGCUGCUGGCGUCGCCGCAUCCAUCGUGGGGCGGGAGCUCCCAACCGACCUCCCCAGGGGCGAUGUGGUCCCGGGACGCCCUCGCGUCGCCUUUGCCCUCGGAUGACUCCAGGCACAACUCUGCAUCAGUUCCUGCCUCCAGGUUCCUGCCUGUUUGAGUUCCUGACCUGAGUUCCUUCCAUGAUAAACAGUGAUAUAGAGAGACAGUUCGCUGACCCUGUAACAGAAGGAGAAGACUAACAGAAGAGCUCACUGGGAAAUAGUAGGACUGCCAGCAAGUCUGAGUAGAGAGUACUUUCCUUUGGCCUUGGAAUCUAAGCUAUACUGCUGGUUAUGAAAAAGAUGUGACUUAUAGACCAGUCCUGAAUGGGAAGUAUGAGUCCAGAUGUCCCUCUGCUAAAUGAUUACAAACAGGACUUCCUGCUGAAGCGCUUUCCACAGACUGUUCUUGGAGGCCCUCGACUCAAAUUAGGCUAUUGUGCCCCUCCUUACAUAUACGUUAAUCAGAUUGUCCUUUUCCUGAUGCCAUGGGCCUUAGGUGGAACAGGAACGCUUCUAUAUCAGCUGGACAUCCUGAGAGACUACUCGGCGGCCGCUCUCUCAGGAGGACUGAUGGUGAUCACGGCGGCUGUCAUCCAGUUAACCAGUGCGCACGCCAAGAGCAAGUCUGUGGUGGUCAAAAGGAUGACAGCCCGGAACAUCUUAGCAGAGGAAGAUGAGCACGAGUUUACAAGUUGUGCUGGUGCUGAGACUGUCAGAUUUCUGAUUCCUGGCAAAAAAUACGUGGCCAAUACAGUUUUCCAUUCUGUUCUUGCCGGGUUGGUGUGUAGUCUUGGAACAUGGUAUCUGCUCCCAAACAGAAUUACCUUGCUGUAUGGCAGCCCCGGGGCAACUGCUGCUCUUUUUGUCUUUGGGUGGCUAACCCUUUGCAUAGCAGAAUAUUCACUAAUUGUAAACACCGCCACAGAGACUGCCACAUUUCAGACCCAGGAUACCUACGAAAUCACUCCGCUCCUGCGACCACUGUAUAUUUUUUUCUUUGUUUCUGUGGACCUUGCACACAGGUUUAUUGUAAAUAUACCAGCUCUAGAGCAAGUGAAUCAGAUUCUGCACAUCUUGUUUGUGUUACUGCCUUUCCUCUGGGCACUUGGGACUCUCCCCCCACCCGAUGCCCUUUUCUUCUGGGCAGUGGAGCAGAUUUUAGAGUUUGGUCUUGGAGGCUCAUCCAUGUCAUCUCACCUACGGUUAUUGGCAAUGUUCAUCACUUCUGCUGGAACACCUGUCGUGUCCUACUUUAUCCCCAGCACCAUUGGUGUGGUGCUUUUCAUGACUGGACUUGGAUUCUUACUGAGUCUUAACCUAAGUGACCUGAGUUUGGUCUUCAGGCGCGGUGUGGCCAGGCCCAGAGUAGAAAGGGGUCCCAAGGCUUUCCCAGGCAACUGUGGACAUCGGUUUGGGAGGAAGGAAUGCCUUCUGUGCACCGUUGUGCUGGGUGUGGCUCUCCUAGAGGCAGGGCUGCUGCAUCACCACGCCGGCGUCUCCCAGGUUUCCAGAAGCAACUCUCAGUCCAUCUUGGGCUAUGUUCUGAUGGCGUUACUUUCAAUGCUGUGGAUACUGGGAGAAACUCAAAGCAUCUACAUCUUCGGAAUUUUUCGAAACCCUUUUUAUCCAAAGAAUAUACAAGCUGUGUCUGUAUUCUCCGAAAAGCAGAAGAAGCUCCUGAAGAUUGGGGUGGUCAGGUGGCUCUUGCUAACUAUAGUGUCUCCUUUGGCUAUGGUGGCCUUCCUUGCACUGGAUAGCUCCUUACAUGGGCUGCACUCUGUGACUGUCUCCAUCGGAUUCACCAGGGCUUUCAGAACGGUGUGGCAGAACACAGAAAAUGCUUUACUAGAGACUGUGAUUGUGUGGGCAAUCUACAUGGUAUCCCACACAGACUGCUGGUGGAACAGGAGCCUUAAUACGGGCAUGAGACUGUUAUUGGUUGGUGUCAUGCGAGACCGUGUGCUUCAGUUCAUCACUAAAUUGCAGUUUGCCAUGACUGUACUCUUGGCAUCAUGGACAGAAAAAAAACAGCACAGAAAAACAACAACAGCGCUGUGUGUCCUCAACACUGUAUUCGCUCCCUGUGUGUUGAUUGUUAUAGUUUUCUCGGCACUGCUAUCAUCCCCUCUACUGCCCCUCUUCACCCUUCCUAUCUUCCUGGUGGGGUUUCCUCGUCCGGUUCAGAGCUGGCCAGGAGCGGUGGGCACCACAGCUUGCGUGUGCACAGACACCGUGUUCUACCAGCAGAUGGUCCCCCGCUUGACCGCGGCGCUGCAGACUGCAAUGGCAGCUGGAAGUUUCGGCCCCCUCCUCCCUGGCUCUCAUUACUUGGGCCGUUUUGAGGAUCGUCUAAUAUGGAUAAUGGUCCUCGAGCGUGGCUAUUCCUACUGCUGCGUUAAUGUGAAGGGGUUAGAACUACAGGAGACAUCCUGCCACACUGCUGAAGCCCAGAGAGUAGACGAAGUGUUUGAAAGUGCUUUUCAGCAAGAACCCCCCCGAACGUGGUCCCUCAAUGAGCACGUGGGCAAUGUCUUGAUGCCGUGUGCUGUUUUGCCUGUGAAACUGUACUCUGAUGCCAAGAGUGUCCUAACUGGCAUAAUUGAUUCUCAUGAAAACUUGCAGGAAUUUAGAGAUGACCUUGUGAAAGUGCUUGUAUGGGUGCUUAUUCAGUACUGCUCUAAAAGGCCCAGCCUGCAGGAGAAUAUUCACAGAACUGAAAAUAACAGAGAAGCCUUACCAGUGGUCCUGCCUGCCUUGAACACAUCACCGUGCCCCAAAUCCCUGGAAGACUCAGAUAGUUUAAAUUCAGACACUUUCCAUGACUGGUCUGAUGAUUGUAUUUUUGAUGAUGAACCAACUAUCAAAAACAAAAAAGAAAAACUUCAGUUCGAAGAUCGACCAGGAACCAAUCUGCCCAUUCCAGGGUCAGUAGACUCCCAGAGUGCAGAUGACCGUUCCACAAGCACAGGUCCCCAGAAUGACCUGUACAGGACGAUGUUGUUGGGAUUCCCUGCUGUUGACAAGGGCCAGCGAGAAGACAUGGCGUCCAUACCUCUCGUGGAGUUCAGUUGUUCACAGUCACACUUGCUGAGUGUACCCGAAGAGUGGAGGUCUAACUGUACACCCCAUUCCAGAAUAAUGGAGGCAAGUCCCUUGUUUCCAGAAGACUGGUAUCAGUUCGUUCUAAGACAGGUAGAGUGUUUUCACUCAGAGGAAAAGUCAGAUGUACUGGAAGAAAUCGCAAAGGAUAAAGCUUUAAAAGCCGUGUAUAUCCAUACAGUGAUGGCUUGUUAUAUUGGUUUAUUUGGAAUAGACAACAUGGUGCCUAGUCCUGGUCAAAUAGUAAGAGUCUACAAUGGUGGCUUACCCUGCUCUGGCACCUUGGAUUGGCUCUCAGAAAAACCAGAACUCUUCCAACUAGUUCAGAAAGCAUUCAGGUAUACACUGAAACUAAUGGUUGAUAAAGCAAGUUUGGGUCCGAUAGAAGACUUUAAAGAACUGAUCGACUGCCUCAGAGAAUACGAGAGGGACUGGUAUAUUGGUUUAGUGACUGAAGAGCAGUGGAAAGAAGCAAUUCUAGAAGAAAAGCCAUGCUUGUUUUCCCUGGGCUAUGAGUCUAGUAUGGGCGUUUACACUGCGAGGGUCCUGGUGCUUCAGGAGCUCCUGGUCCGCAUCGGGAAGCUGAAUGCUGAGGCGGUUCGAGGCCAGUGGGCCAAUCUUUCAUGGGAACUGCUCUAUGCCACCAACGAUGAUGAGGAGCGCUACAGUAUCCAGGCUCAUCCACUCCUUCUGAGGAACCUCACUGUACAAGCUGCUGACCCUCCCUUAGGGUAUCCGAUUUUCUCCUCAAAACCUCUCCCUAUACAUUUGUGUUAGUCCGUUUUUACAUCUCAGUGUGAGGACGUCAGAGGAGGCGCUAGUUAAACAGUUGAGUCUAAGUUGUGUGACCUCUCUAGACUUUCUUCUUGCCCCAGGGAUGCCUGAGAGAAAAGCUAAGGUCUGUAAAGCUGAUUCUCAGCCAUCUGAAUGACUCAAACAGCAGCUCCUCUGUGCCUAACAUGGGUAGAAGUAGUUGGCCAAUAUUUGUGCUGUAUGAGUUCUUAUAGGUUUUGGUAGCUAAAGACAUUUGUACAAGAUUAGAUGGUUUUUUUACUGCUUUGUUAAAUGUCUGAAAAGUAGUUUGUCUUUUUAAAAGUCAGCAGGUGUAUAAUUACAUAUUUAAAAGACAUUUAUAUCAGUUUUUUUUAAAUAAUAAUGAAUCCUUUCAAUGGUUAACAACAUAUACAUAUAUUUAUUUGAAAUGUAGUUAAUUUUCUAGUAUUUUCAAAUGUCAUACUGUUUUAACAUUUAACAUGGUGUGAACAGUCCAUACAGUGUAUCAUUUUUCAUAUAUUUUAGUUUAGAAACCGUAAGCACUUGAAAUAAAAUAUGACCAGUAA